UGUUCCGUGUGUCAGAUGCAGUUUGAACUCAACGACGAGUGUCGUCGUCUACCUUGCGAGCACUUGUUUCACCAAGAUUGCCUUGCACCCUGGUUGGCGCAAAAGUCGACUUGCCCCGUGUGUCGUACUGACUGCCGCGCCUCGGCCGCCAGUGGCAUGCACCCUAACCCUUGGGAGUGA